AAAGAACUUGGGUCUUCCGCAGGAGUCUUUGAUACUUCUUACCAUGGUCGGGUUUUCAAAAAUGAUCCAGUUGUUGUUGUGUCCCACUCUGUUGGUGCAAUCAUACAUUGUUCUCCCAAGAAUAUCUGACCCGAAUCGAUUGAUACCGUCGAUUCAAUCCGCACCUAUGUUAUUCAACCAAGGGACACGAGGACCCCAGGCAUCACAAUCUCCUGCUGCGCUUUGGUCGGUCUCUAGCGACAAAUUGGAUGGUGAUAAAGAUGAUAAUUCAGCAUGUCUAUUGUCGAGUGAAGUGGUGGAAACGGGGCAGAUGGGAAGGAAGGGCUUUAUUGGCAGUUCGGUAACCGUGCUUAGUGCUGCUUUGGGGCUUCAACCGGCAUGGGGCACAAGCGUAGAUCCUAAGACCGGAAUCCGCCUCCCAGAUCCAGGUGAGAUCGAAUCCUCUAUUCCAACGGAUUGGAGCACAGAAGAAAAUCCAAUCAACUCCUCGGAUCCUGCCAGUGGUAGCAAAAGCGAGUCAAAUACUCAGUUUGCAAGGCUAGAUAACACACCCGACUCGAUAUUCUACCAGGAUCCACGAUUUGUGGAGCAUGUAGACGAGAAUGCAGUCAAACUCGUCACAGAAUACAUAUCCAACAGUGCAAUUCAACCCGGACGAGACACUGCAGUCCUCGAUCUCUGUUCUAGUUGGACGAGUCAUAUAGAUAAAAAUGUUGCACAGAAAAUACCAAGGAUUGCAGGACUGGGAAUGAAUGCAAAAGAACUGGAAAGCAACCCAUCUCUAACGGAAUGGAUUGUCCAGGAUCUAAACCAAAACCCGGAAUUAAGCAAGUACGAGACCGAAAGUUUUGAUGUGGUAUUGUGCCAACUUAGCAUAGACUAUUUGACUAAGCCAUUGCAAGUUUUGAAAGAAGUUGGUCGCAUUCUGAAACCUGGUGGGCAGGUUCACAUCAUAUUUUCCAAUCGCCUUUUUUUGAGCAAGGCAGUUGGUUUAUGGACCGGUGGAGAUGACAUUGACCAUGCAUAUUAUGUAAGCUCAUACUUGCAUUUUUGUGACGGUGGGUUUGAAGCUAUAAAAGCCAAAGACUUGUCGACAAGAAAAGGAGGAAAAGACCAACGCAUCAUUGGAGAUCCCAUGUUUGUCGUCACGGCUACGAAAGCAAAAGCAUAAUAUAUUGCCUUUGUUCGCGACAAAUCAAACUAAGGAAGUGCU